GGAAACGAUUCUCGCGGCGACGACAGACCGGCGGCGGCAUCUUCCUUGGCCUUCUUGUUCACCAAGAUGGAGAAGAAGCAGGCUGUCGUAGGAGACUACGUGGUCACCGCGCGCAUCGGGAGCGGGUCCUUCGCCAUUGUGUACAAAGGGUAUCACAAAGUGACGAACGUCCCCGUGGCCGUGAAGGCUAUCAACAAGCAAAAAUUGAAUCCCAAGCUGCUGGAAAACCUCGAAAGCGAAAUCUCCAUCAUGCGCCAGAUCAAUCAUCCAAACAUCGUCAAACUUUACGAUAUCAAGAAGACGGAGAAGCACAUUUACCUCAUGCUUGAAUACUGCGAUGGCGGGGACCUCCAGCACUUUAUCAAGAAGCAACCUAACGGCGUCGUGAGCGAAGACACGGCGCGCCAUUUUUUGCGCGAGCUUGCCGAUGGAUUGCAUGUGCUAUGGAGCCUCAACCUCAUCCAUCGUGAUUUGAAACCCCAGAACCUUCUCUUGUCUGAGGCUUCCGCGACAGCGUCGUUGAAGAUUGCGGAUUUUGGAUUUGCGCGUCAUUUGGAGUCGACGUCUCUCGCGGAAACCCUCUGUGGCUCUCCAUUGUACAUGGCACCUGAAAUCUUGCAAUUCCAGAAGUACGACAGCAAAGCCGAUCUGUGGAGUGUCGGAACGAUUCUGUAUGAAAUGGUCGUGGGGCGGCCACCCUUCAAUGGGGCCAACCAAGUCCAGCUGCUGCACAACAUCCAGCGGGAAAGUGUCCGCUUUCCAAAGGACUUGCCCGUGGGUCGCGACGCGAUCAAUCUGAUGGAGGGUCUAUUGGUGCGGGACCCCAAGCGCCGCAUCUCGUUUGACCAGUUCUUCAACGCCCCGUUUCUAAACCGUCCGUCCCCUUCUUCAUUAACGGCGUCUGCCGUCGCGUUGCCCGCGUCGCUUGUGCGCACCAAUCCAGUGGAUAUUACUCCAUCCAGCGACUUGAAUGCCAGCAGCCCUGGGGUGGUCGUGACGCCGUCGCAGCUCAAGCUGCAUGACUCGUAUCGCGCCAGCAUGAUGCAGUCGUACCGGCGACGCAGCGCGUCGUCAUCGACGGCAAAUCUCAAGGCGAGUCUGCUCGGUGCGAAUCCUCCAGUUGCGUCCCACCACCAGCCCGUGAGCCCGGACCUUGUCCCAAUCUCGAUGUCGUCUCUUCGCAUCAACCCAUUCAAGUCAGACACCCCACCGUCCACGCAGAGUUCGUCGACAGAAGCAGCAUUGACCAUGGUCACGUCGACGUCUGCGCCGGCCAGCGCCGCCACCGGCGGGUAUCGCCAUCUCAUGGCCAGCAGAAGUCCCCAGAUAAAUGUCACCAUGGCCUCGUCUCCGGCCGGCCUACCUGUCGUCGCCGCCAAGCCACUUUCCUCCCCGACAGCGAUGUCCCCCACCACAACAUCCCCAUCCGCCGGCAUUGUGCAUCCUUUGGCUGAUUCAAACGCCCCAUCUCAUUCGCUUGCCGUCGCGGUCACUCGCAACCUAGGGCUCGAGCUGAAUUUGCAGGUGGACACGAUGCUCGCCCGAGUCCAGGCCAUCCUGGGAGUUGUCGACUUGUUCAUGGGGCCGCCUGCUGACACCAACGGUGGUCUCGUCCUCUCCCAUCCAUCAGGAACUUCGUCCAUCAGCUCGUCGACCAAUUCGUCGACGCACUCGUCGCCAGCGUCGUCGUUUGUCGGUCAGGACAAAAGCGGCAGUCGAUAUCACGCUGCGGCUUCGUCCCCCGAACAUGCGCUGCUCCUCGCGAUGACGUGUAUGCAUCUGCUGCACAUGGUUGUCGCACAAGAAGACGCGGCGGCCAAGCAAGGCUGGAUCAAGGCAUUGCUCGUCCAGUGUAUCGACAAAGCGGAACAGUGCAAGCAAGACAUGCUCGAGGAAAAAUCGGCCGGAUCCACGACUGCGUCAGUGGAAGAUCUUUUGUAUGGCCAAGUCGUGCGGUUGGGCAGAGAAGCUGCUGUCCACGAAGUGCUCGGUCAGAAAGGCCUGGCAAGCGAUCUCUACUCCCGCGCGCAGCUUUUGCUGGAAAGCAUCUUAAUCGCCGCCUCGACCAUCACGCUCCAACACGACGACCGCCUCCGCCUCGUGCACUUUUGGCAUGCAUUCAACCAGCGCCUGGUGCAGUGCAGCAUAAACGAGCCGCCCCACCACACUGUCUCCUCAUAUGGGUCGCAGUCGCACCCUCCACCAAAAGUCGGUGGCUCCACCUGAAAUGAGUAUUCCCUUAAUGUAUUAGUUUAUCGUACCGGUGCCUCCAGUCCCACGAAAUACAUGCUCUGUCAGCGACGACGUCAACAUGGAUCGGUGCGCAAGGUUGGUAUGCACGGGGGAGGCCCACCUUUCGUGGACCGACGGCGCUUGCUUCAGCCAUGCUACUACCUGACCAUAAUGAAACUACAUGGGGAAGGAUGGAUCAGGCACCGACUGAAGCGGUCCAGCAUCCUCGUUACCCCAAAGUCAUCCUGAGCCCGCUGCAUCGCAUGUCUCGUUACUCCGGUCAAGCCCGCGGCAAUCGAGUCACUACAGCAUUGAUGAUAUUCAAGGUCGAAGCAGCGCCAUGCAACUGCGCAAUUCAAGACAGCGAUGGCGGUCCAUGCGGUUGG